CAUCUUUUCCCUGUCCCUGCCUGCCCCAUGGGGCUGUGGAUGUAGGGCCAGCAGGCUCAGAUGGGGCUGUCCUCACAGGGCAGGUGGCAGCCACCACCACUGGCCACUGCAGUGGCCGCCGGCCCUUGAUUGACCCUGAGCAGCUCAACCAGGCCAGGCUGCGUGUGAAGAAGGCCAUUGAGGAGAAAAAGAUAUUUGCAGUGCAGGGCCCCUAUCCCAUCAUCCGCAGGCUGCUGCGGUCCUGGGGGUGGGUGGAGAGGAAGCUCCCCAGCAUGGACAGACAGCUGAAGCAGCAGCCUGGUGACCAUAAGGAGCAGCAGCUGGAGGAAGAGGAGCCCAGUGAUGAUGGUGAUGAGGAGGGGGAGGAAGGGGAGGCAGUGCUGAACUUGCAUGUUGAGGCACAGCCUUCCCUGAGGAAUGAGGAGGAGCAGGAAGACGAAGAUGAAGAGCAGUGCAAUGAGGACCCUGAUGGCAUCCAUGACCUCAUGUCCUAUCUGGUGCGGAACCAGCUGCCAAACUUCAUCUGGACCACCAACCUUGGUGCUGUUGACCAUGAGCUGCUGCAGCAGGUCCAGGUGGUGAACCACUAUUCCCGGGUGCAAGCCUUCGCCACCAAGAAGGGACUGUGCCUAAGCCUGCAAGACCUGCACUGGUUCAGUCAAGAUGCCAGUACUUUCUUCCCCCGGUGCUACUUGCUGGGGUCCACUGAGGAACACAAAGCCUUCAUCGAGGAUUUCCGCCUGACAGCAGCUCGCAGCCUGCUCAGACUGGCCCUGGAGAUGGCUGGGGACAAGCCAGUGGGGAAAAAGCAGCCCCCAAAAUCCAACAAGGAGCCAGCAAGGCCAGGGUCCCCCCUGUCUCCCAGUCUGGUGGAGGAUGCCCUGAAGGUGUGCGAGCAGCACCUGGGCAUCCUGGGGCACCAGGACAUCGACAGAAACACCCCAUCACCCUGCAGCACAUGCAUUGACUGGGACCGGUUCCUGCAGGACUACUACCGCGUGGCACAUGAGGGAGCCAGGCUGGCACUGAGCAGGGAGCAGCAGAAACAGUGCCGGGACCUGCUGCAGUGCCUGGCAGAGCAGCUGCCACAGUUUGGCAUAGAGGGUGACCUAAACAUCUGGAUCCUCAAGCCUGGCGCCCAAUCCCAAGGCAGAGGUAAGGCUGAGGGAAGCAGGGGGCACACACUGGCUCCCCAAUGCCAAGGGUUCCCAUUAUCACUGUAUUCCCCAGGCAUUGUCUGUGUGACACGGCUGGAGGAAGUGCUGCAGCAGGCAGAAGGCUGCAUGACAUCCCUGGGACGGGUGGGCCAGUGGGUGGUGCAGAAGUACGUGGAGCGGCCACUGACCAUCUUUGGCACCAAAUUCGACAUCCGGCAAUGGUUCGUGGUGACUGACGGGAAGCCACUGACCGUCUGGUUCUACCAAGACUGCGACCUCCGAUUCUGCUCCCGCCCCUUCUCCCAGCGCCGCCAGUCCCGCUUUCCCUGCCCCAGUGCCAGGCACCUCUGCAACGUCUCAGUCCAGAUGCUGUAUAAGACAUCACCACACCAGGACCCCCGUGUACCCUCUGACAGAAUCUGGUCCAACAAGCAGUUCCAGGCACACCUGGCACAGCUGGGGCAGGCAGAUGCUUGGAACCAGGUGAUAGUACCUGGCAUGAAGACAGCAAUACUGGAUAACAACCAGCCCACCAUGAGGCCCUGCUCGAGAGUGACCCGACGGCUCUGCGCCAACGUCCAGCGGGACACGCUGUGCCUCGUGCUCAACCACAGGGACGACUCCACCUGCUCCAUUGGUGCCUUUGAGCUCAUGUACAAAGAGACUGCCAUGCCCAUUCAUCUGCCUAUGGGGACAAAGCUGAUGCUCACGGGCUGUUCCUUGAAGAAGCCAGAAGAGCAUCGAUCCCGGGACAAGCCUCGUACCACUGCACUCAGAGUCUACCAGUUCCCCAUGUCUGCAGGGGGCAGGGCCACCCAGGUCCCCCGGCGCAGAGCAGCACAAGGGAAGCUGCCUCCUCUAGGCCGACGGAAAGGCCGCAGACUCCCCAGCUCUGGCCCUCCAACACCAACGCAGCCCCCCGGCUGCUCUGCCAGGAGCUGCCAGAUACCUGCCUGGAGUUGA